UAGUAUCAACUCUAAGACAGAAAAGUGAUUAGGGUAAGGCAUCUGAGGUUAAGUGGCUUGCCCAGGGUCACACAGCUCUGCUACCUUUCAAUGUAACGAGUUCAUAGGAAGAAUCUAGAACAAUAUAUUCCCAUGGUUACAAGCCUCUGCCUCUUAUCAGAAAGCAUCACAAGCAUCUAGCAGGAUAACCGAGAUAGCCCCCAGGUGGAAGACAAGCUAUUUCGGCAUGGAGACCGGAGUCCCAUUGAAACCUUUCCGAAAGAUCCCUAUCAAGAAUCUGCUUGGCCUCGGGGAUUUGGACAACUUAGUCUGCUUGGGAUGGAGCAGCACUAUGAACUUGGAACAUAUUUAAGGAAAAGAUAUUCCAAAUUCUUGAAUUCCACUUACAAUCGGAAUGAGGUUUAUGUCCGAAGCACAGAUGUUGACCGGACCCUGAUGAGUGCCAUGACCAAUCUUGCUGCCCUCUUUCCACCAGAAGGCCCAAGUAUUUGGAACCCCCAAAUCCUUUGGCAGCCGAUUCCAGUUCAUACAGUGCCAACUUCUGAAGAUCAGUUGCUGUACCUUCCUGAUAUAAAAUGCCCUCGACUUCAAGAGCUUCAGGGAGAAACUUUGAGGUCAAAGGAAUAUCAAAACUUGCUGUCUCCAUAUAAGGAUUUUAUAAGUACUUUACCAGCGCUUUCAGGACUCGAAAUCAAGGACCUUAAUGGAAUUUGGAAUAAAAUCUAUGAUCCUUUAUUUUGUGAGAGAGUUCACAAUUUUACUCUACCCUCCUGGGCCACUGCAGACACCAUGGCAAAGCUGGAGGAGCUGUCCAAAUUAUCUCUCUUGUCAACCUUUGGAAUUUAUAAGCAGAAAGAAAAGGCUCGACUUCAGGGAGGUGUUCUGGUGAAAAAAAUUGUUGAUUAUUUCCAGAAAGCAGCCAAUGAAUUGAAUGCAAAAAAAUUCAUCAUCUACUCAGGGCAUGACACUACUAUUGGGGCCCUGCAGAUGGCACUUGAUGUUUUUAAUGGAAAAUUUCCGCCUUAUGCUGCCUGCCACAUAAUGGAACUAUACCUUGAAAAUGGGCAAUACAACGUUGAAAUGUACUAUCGGAAUGACACACAGCAGGAUCCUUACCCCCUCACCCUACCAGGAUGCACGGCCAGCUGUCCACUGAAGCAGUUUGUUGAGCUGGUCUCCCCUGUAAUGACAGAAGACUGGUCAAAGGAGUGUUUCAGAAUUAGUGAAGACCAAGUUCUAAGGAUAGCACUGACUGCCUUUUGCCUCUCAUCUGGUGUUUUGCUGGUGUUGCUGUUUAUCCUCUUCCAUUAUGGACCCUGCAGAAAGAGGAGCCCCUAUCAGUCCAUUUAAAAGGAUGAUUAAAGCAAGGACAGAGAAGCUGUACGAGAUUCCUGGUCUUGGAAUGAAAUCACGGCCGUUCAAUAACUAACUGCCACCAGAUUGACAGCUGAAGGCAUACCUUCUUAGGAUUCAUUGGUCACCUCAGCUGUGGAUGGAGGCUGACAGUGUCAUCUGGCUGGAUAAGGGAGGUGGCUCUCUGACAAAGGAUUGUUGAGUCCCAUAUUGGUAUCCUCAUUAUGCCCAUCUCACCAAGAGAUCAGAGUGGUCAGUAUAGUAGGUCACAAAAGGAAACCAACUUUAGAUUGCCUGUUUCCCCAAAAGAAUGAAGGCAUUUGGGACUGAACAAAGAUUAAGAUUAAAGGAAGCUAAAUGAAGAGAAAAUAUGGAAGAUUAGCGUCAUAAGGUAUAGCCUUCAAGAUAUAAGGACCAGUCAGAAACUAUAAGUGAUCAUCUUAAAACAACAACAACAACAACAACUAAGAUGUAGUUAGAAUAUAGAAAUGGAAAAUAUGGUUUGAGUUCUAGCAACAGACUUCUAGCUAGAAUAUUUUCAAAAUCCAAAGAGGAAGGUACUCAAAUUCCCUAAUUUAUAACAGUAACUUUUUUAGCUCUAGAUCCAUCCAAUAUAAUGUUGUUUAGUCAUUUUUCAGUUGUUGGAUUUUUCAUGACCAUAUUUGUAGUUUUCUUAACAAAGACACUAACUGGAGUGGACUUCCAUUUCCUUCUCCAGCAUAUGAUGUUAGAAAUAAAAAACAAGUAGAACUAAGAAUUGAAAAUGUCUACAAUGGGAAAACAAUGAGAAAAUUCAUGAAUCAUGGUUCAUGGUUCAAGGAAGGAAGGAAGGAAGGAAGGAAGGAAGGAAGGAAGGAAGGAAGGAAGGAAGGAAGGAAGGAAGGAAGGAAGGAAGGAAGGAAGGAAAGUAGGGAGGGAGGGACAAAUUUCAUAUCUUGCAUUUCAUGCCAUGUCUUUAGCUCAGCCAUUAUUUUGCUAGUGACACAUCUCAGGGCUUCAAUUUCUUCAUCUUUAAGAGGAUUGGACUCAAUGGACUCUGAGAUCCUUUCCAGCUCUAAAUUUAUGAUCCUAUGAGCUCAUAUUAAUAAAAUAUUGGCUUUGAACAAUGAAUGAAAUCAUUGUUCAUGAAUUGGUUAAUUAUUUUUGAAUGGUAGAUAAUAGGAUACUUAGAUAUAAUAUCCUUCUUACCUCAGGGAUGAUAGUCAAAAUUUUUAUGUCUUUAUUUUUCAUGAGAAACAGUGAUAUAGUUAAUAGAAUCCUGGGCUUGGAGUAGACCUGGGUUCAGAUCUAUCUCUAUUAGUUAUUCUGCCUAUGUAACCCUCAGUGCUCCAGGGAAAUCCCUAAGAUUAUAUUAAGAGGCAAAGGUACUGGUCUGCAUUGUUCAAAGAAGUACCUUGCUGGGAGCUCUUCACAUUGAUAAAAUCACAGGUCCAACACACACACACACACACACACACACACACACACACAUAUACAAGUCCAUCCUUGGUUAGUACAAUUAGAGAUGCAAAAGCAAAGAUGCUAGAGAACUGAAACUGGGAUCUGUAAAAUCUACAUUCAAAUCCAGCCCCAGACACUUAGCAGCUAUGUGACCCUGGACAAACCUCUUAACAUCUGUCUGCCUCAAUUGUAAAAUGAAUGUAAUAAUUACAUUUACCUCAUAGGACUGUUGUGAAGCUCAAGUGAGAAAAUAUUUGUGAAGUGCUUAGCAGAGCCUAGCCCACAGUAAGCAUUUAAAUAAAUGUCCAUUUCCUUCCUCUAUCUCUCUUUUAUUUGUUUUUACUGUAAUUUUGUUUAAUUGUCAAGCAUUUUUUUCUUCCUCACACUGGAAAAAAAAAGAAAAGAAAAAGAAAACCCAAAAGACAAUGGAUUCAUAGAAUUAUAUAUUUAGAUCUGGAAGGAACCCCAUAGGAGGUUUUAGAGUGGAGGAAACUGGGGUCCUAAGAAGUUAGUUAAGUAACUUGCCUAAGAUGACACAGCUAGUUAAUGACAGCUUUAGAACCUGGAGUAGCUAUAGGGCCCCAUGAUAGAACAUCAACCCAGAAUCAGGAAGAGCUGUGUUCAAAUCCAGCCUCAGAUACUAACUAGCUGUGUGACUCUGGGCAAGUCACUUAACCUCUAUUUCAGUUUCUAAAAUAGGCAUAAAAUAGCAUCUACCUCCCAAGGUUAUUGUGAGGAUCAGAUGAGAUAUUGUUGCCAAGUGCUUCACAAACUUAAUGCAUAGAUGAUAACUAUUAUCAUUUUCCCUUAAAGCAUAAAUGAUUCUUAAAUACCAGGGGUUUGGGAGGGCACCAGUUUUCCUCAACUGUCUCAUUUGAAUAAUAAGGAAAAAAUUCUAUUUACUAUUUUCUCUCCCCCAAAAUCCAAUUUACCCUCCCAAAGAUGAAAAUUAGGUCUGCCUUGAGUCAUUUCCUGGGAGAUACUAUGUUGACAAAUACUAUAAUUAUUUUUUAAGUUUUGUGGCAGAAUGAAAAACCAAUGGUGACAAAUGAUCCAUAACAAUAAAUCAGAGAACACAAAUGCAUCCUGUAACAUUUGUCAGGAGAGAAACUAAUCAUGCAGCUUCAAGAUCCAGACUCUGUGAGAUUAGCUAAAUUGGCUGCACUCAUGAAAGUGACUUUUUUUCAAAUGUGACCAAGAUGAUAAGGUCCUUGCAAUACUGGUCUUCCAUCUCUGCCAUCAUAAUAAAUACUACUUAGAUUACAUUGCUCAGAACUUAAGCAAGCAUAAUUACCCAUUUUAUGAACAGUUCAGAUAGAUGAUUGAUUAAGACUGAAGAGCAGAGUGUCCAAAGGAAGACAGGAAGAUUUCGUAGGAGGCUGGCUUGCCCGAAAUAGAAAUUUUUCUGGGAGAAAAAGAAUUAAGUGAGGACUUAGACAAUUAGUCCAUGAUGAUGCUACUCGAGACCUGAAUGAUUGCUGAUAGGAAAGAGCCAUUUGUAUCUUCAAGGGUAUCAGGAUAUUUCAAGCAUUCUUUGAAUUUUGCCAUUCCUAAUCAUGCUCUACAAAACCUGUCUAUAGCAAGCCCAUGACUACCCUUUUUGCUAGCACCUUCCCUAUUUUCUCCUCUAAGAGUCAGCUAGGUUUGGUAAUAGAUAGAGUGAGCACUGACUUUGGAGUCAGAAAGACCUGAAUUCAAAUCCAGUUUCAAACACUUACUUACCAGUUAUGUGACUAUGACCCUGGACAUCAGUUAAUUAUUCUGUCUCAGGUUUGUUUUCCUUUUUUCAUAUAUAAAAUGGAGAUAAUAAUAAUACCUACCUCCUAGGUUUAUCUUGAGGAUCAAGUGAGAUUGUAUUUUUAACGCUCUUAACACAGUGACAAGCAUAUAGGGGCUUGCUUCUUUCUAUCCUCUUUUUUUUUUAAUUAUCAAGCAUUUUUCCUCCCUCUCACCUCUCCCUUCCAAUAGAAAAAGGAAAAGAAAAAGAAAACUUUCAUAACAAAUGUCAUCAAACAAAAUAAUGCCGUCUUCUCUCUAAGUUUUCUGAACUUUCUCUGCCUUUUUUUUUCCUAGCUCCCCUUUCUUUCUCUUCUGUGUUUAGGAAGAUUCCAAGUCAUAAUAAGAAGUAUCACGGUAGCAUUGGCAUGCAUAUUCUCAUUUGAUCCUUACAACAAGCUUGGGAGAGAGGUGCUACUGUUCCCCAUUUUACUGGUGAUGAAACUGAUAAAGAAUUUAAGCUACUUUUCUGGGGUCACCUACCAAGUUAGAUUCAAACGCAGGUCUUCCUGAACCCAAAUCCCAUACGAUCCACUGUACCAUCUAGCUACCACUCCAAACAAAUAAACUGAGCCAUUGAAUCCAAAUGCCUUUGAGACAGAGUUUGCUCUUUGUGAAGAAGCAAACUUUGAUAAAUAAAAUAGUUUGUUAAAUGUAAAAUGUCACUUUCCAUCUAUAGAAGUGAAGGAAUAAAAUGGUAUGUUUCUUGUC